AUGUUAACCUUAAAAGAUGGGGUCGCUUAUUGCCUAACAGAGCUUGGUGGCAGUCCCGAGUCUCGUAUCAAAGCAGUGAUGGGUAAGUUGGUGUGUUCAGGUGAUGCUUCCCUGCAAAAUGGCUUAGAUCUCGUACACAGCCUUCUCAAUCAAAUCCCUUCAUAUGGUCACCAUGAAGUCUUUAUUCUAUACUCCGCUCUUAGCAAGUCAUCUAAGAUUAGGUGCUCGGUAAUUGGUCUCUCUGCUGAGCUCUCUAUAUAUGCAAAUAUCUUUGCCAAGAAACUGCCUCAUUUAAAAGAAUUAGUGCUUGAGCAUGCACCACCACCUCCAGCCAUAGCAGAAUUUGCAAUCGCGAAUUUGAUUAAGAUGGAGUUUCCGCAAAGAGCAGCAGAAGGUGUAAUCUCGUUCUGCUCGUAUCAUAAAGAGGCCAAGUUUGGUGGAGGCUACACUUGUCGAAGAUGCAAAGCUAGCAUUUGUGAGUUGUCUACAGAAUGUUGUAUAUGUGGACUGACCCUUGUUUCCUCACCCCAUUUUGCAAGGUCAUAUCAUCAUCUAUUUCCUAUUACGCCAUUUGGUGAUGUAGCACCAUUAGUUUCGAGCGAUCCACACAAAGUGCCAAAAAGUUGUUUCGGUUGCCAACAAAGUCUCCUAGCUCCUGAUGCAUUAUCUGCAUUAUUCCUCUUUCCCACGUUGAGCCGGUUAAUGUUGAUGCAGGAAACUUGCCAGGAGGCAGCGCACUGGGUGCUAUCUGAUAAUUACCCUUUCGCCAUAGCAGAUACUGAAGUUAGCUUCUUCGUUGUUCAAAUACAGAUCAACUAG